UAUUUUUCUUCGUCUUCUUCUUCUCAACCUAAAACCCUUGUUCGUAAACCCUGAAUCCGUGUUCUAAACGCAGCGCUGAGAAACAUAAUAGAAGAUGGCACCGAACUCGAAAAAAUCGCAGAAGAAGAAGAACAGCAACAACAAAGAGAACAAGCCAAGAAUGGAUAAAUCGUCUAAGAAAAUUUCUAAACCAAAGAGGGAAGAGCAACACGACGCCGCAACGGCGAAGAAGAAGUCAGAAGCUCUAGCUUUGCAGCUGGAAGACGAAGUUCCUGAUUUCCCUCGAGGCAGAGAAGUUCCGACGAAGCGAAAGGAUGAUGGAGAUGACCGUGAAGUGUUUGGUUAUGACGAGUUCGGUUCCGAUAAAAGGAAGAAGCUGAAUAAGUGGAAUAGGAAGAAAGGGAAGAAUACGCUGAGGAAAAGAGAUGAAGCUGCAGAUGAUUGGGGCACGCUCUUCGGCGAUACUGUCACCGGGAAAUUGCCGAAGCGCGUCAAUAAAAUCACUCUUGGGAAUAUAACUCCAGGAAUGAAGCUUUGGGGAGCUGUUGCUGAAAUAAAUGAGAAAGACCUUGUAAUUAGUUUACCAGGGGGAUUACGUGGUUUAGUUCAUUGUUCAGAUGUGGUGGAUCCUAUUUUUGAUAAUGAAAUCGAGGUUGGGGAAAGCUUCCUUUCUAGUGUAUUCUCUGUUGGACAGCUGGUUUCUUGUGUUGUAGUAAGAUUGGACCAUGACAACAAGGAUAAAGGAAGUAGAAAAAUUUGGCUUUCUUUGCGUCUUUCUUUGUUGCACAAGAACAUGAACUUAGAUGUUGUUCAAGAAGGCAUGGUUCUUGAUGCAUAUGUGAAAAGCAUUGAAGAUCAUGGUUACAUUCUUCACUUUGGUCUACCUUCUUUCACAGGAUUCUUACCAAAAAAUAGCUUGACUGGCCAGGGAAAUGAGGUAAAAAUUGGGCAAUUUAUACAAGGGUUGGUUAAGAGCGUUGAUAAUGUUCGUAAGGUGGUUUACUUGAGUUCUGACCCAGAUACAAUGUCCAAAAGUGUGACCAAGGAUCUUAAAGGUAUAUCAAUUGAUAUUCUAGUUCCAGGGAUGAUGGUUAAUGCACGUGUGAAGUCAAUUCUUGAGAAUGGUGUUAUGUUGUCAUUUCUCACAUACUUCACUGGAACUGUUGAUCUGUUUCACUUGCAAACAAGCUAUCCUACAAAAAACUGGAAGGAUUUAUACAGUGAAUCUCAGAAGGUUAUUGCUCGAAUUCUAUUUAUUGAUCCAUCAAGUAGAGCUGUUGGCUUGACACUUAAUCCACAUCUUGUUCAAAACAAGAUUCCUCCCUUUCAUGUUAACAUUGGAGAUAUAUAUGAUGAGUCUAAAGUUGUCAGGGUGGAUAGAGGAGCAGGAUUGUUCCUUGAAGUUCCUUCAAUUCCAGAGUCAGCUCCUGCUUUUGUCAGUAUUGUUGAUUUUGAUGAGGGAGAGAUCCAAAAGCUUGAGAAAAAGUACAAGGAAGGUAAUCAUGUUCGAGUUCGUAUUCAGGGAUUAAGGCUUUUGGAAGGACUUGCUAUAGGAAGUUUGAAGGCUAGUGCUCUUGAAGAAUCUGUGUUCACUCAUUCUGAUGCAAUGCCGGGGAUGGUAGUGAAGGCCAAGAUAGUCAGGGUUGACAACGAUCAUGCUAUAGUGCAAAUUCCUGGGGGUGUGAAGGCACUCUGUCCUCUUAAUCAUAUGUCUGAAUUAGAUAUUACAAAGCCUCGAAAGAAAUUCAAGGUGGGAGCGGAAUUAGUAUUUCGUGUGCUUGGUCGCAAAAAGAAAAUGGUGACGGUUACACACAAAAAAACUCUUGUUAAAUCGAAACUACCGAUUAUUAGUUCAUUUACGGAUGCAACUGAGGGUUUGAUAACUCAUGGAUGGAUAACAAAGAUUGAAGCCCAUGGAUGUUUUGUGCGGUUUUAUAAUGGGGUUCAAGGAUUUGCUCCGAGGUCUGAACUUGGAUUAGAGCCAGGAGUUGAUCCUGGUGCAGUUUAUAAUGUUGGACAAGUUGUCAAAUGCCGUGUAAUAAGCUCCAUUUCUGCUUUACGGAGGAUCAACCUUAGUUUCAUAAUAAAGCCCAAAAGGGUUGCGGAGGAGGAUAAGGUUAGGUUGGGCAGCCUUGUUUCUGGAGUUAUUGACAGAAUAACAACAAAUGUUGUAGUUGUUUAUGUCAAUGCAAGUGGUUUUUCGUGGGGUACCAUAUCUUUGGAACACUUGGCAGAUCAUCUUGGGCAAGCUAAUUUGAUGAAAUCUGUAUUAAAACCUGGAUAUAGUUUUGAUCAACUACUGAUUCUAGAUAUUAAGGGGAGCAAUUUGAUUCUAUCUGCCAAAAGUUCGCUUAUUAAAUCUGCUCAGCAGAUUCCUUCAGAUAUUAGUCAGAUGCAUCUGAACUCUGUUGUGCAUGGCUACAUUUGCAACAUAAAUGAGGCUGGCUGCUUUGUCCGUUUCCUUGGUUCCUUUACAGGUUUGGCUCCAUCGAAAAAGGCUGCUGAUGACCAGAAAACCAAUAUUCUAGAAGCCUAUCAGAUUGGGCAAUCCGUCCGCAGUAAUGUGUCCGAGAUCAAUACUGAAAGAGGCAGAGUAACACUCUCACUAAAGCAAACAUUAUGUUCUUCUACAGAUGCAUCCUUUCUUCAAGACUACUUUAUUAUGGAUGAAAAGAUUUCUAAGCUGCAAAACAUGGGCUAUGGUGCAUCUGAUUUGAAGUGGGAUGAAGGAUUUAGCUUUGGUGCAGUUGCUGAAGGUAAAGUCGAGGAUGUUAAAGAUGUGGGAAUUGUUGUAAGCUUUGAGAAGUAUAAUGAUGUUUUCGGUUUUAUCACCACUUACCAGUUGGCAGGAACUACCUUGGCGAAAGGCUCCGUUGUGAAAGCAGUGGUUCUUGAUGUUGCGAAAACAGAACGGCUUGUAGAUUUAACUCUAAAACCAGAAUUCGUUAAAAGAUCUGAAGAAAGAAGCUCCAUAAGUCAUUCCACCAAAAAGAAACGUCGAAGAGAGUCACUGAAGGACUUGGUGUUGCAUCAGACAGUAAAUGCAGUAGUGGAGAUUGUCAAAGAAAACUACUUGGUCGUAUCAAUACCGGAGAAUAAUUACAUCAUAGGAUAUGCAUCCGUUUCUGACUAUAAUACUCAAAGGUUCCCCCAGAAAAAGUUCCUAAAUGGACAGAGUGUUGUGGCUACUGUUAUGGCUUUUCCAAGUCCUGAAACUUCAGGAAGGUUGCUUUUACUUCUUAAUGAUGCUAACGAGACAUCUAGUUCCAAAAGAGCGAAGAAAAGGUCUAUCUAUAAUGUUGGGUCUCUGGUUGAGGCAGAGAUUACUGAAAUCAGAUCUCUUGAACUUAAAGUUAAGUUCGGUAUUGGUCUACAUGGCAGGGUGCACAUAUCGGAGGUACAUGAUGAUGUAAAUGAUUUGGAAAAUCCGUUUUCCUGCUAUAAAAUAGGGCAAACAGUGACAGCAAGAAUUGUUGCAAAGCCUAAUGAAAAAGAUAGCUACAGAAAGGGCUGGGAGUUGUCAGUCAAACCUAAAAUAAUUGCAGGUUCCAGUGACAUCGGAGAAAAUGAAUCUGGUAAUCUUGACUUUGAAAUUGGGCAAUGUGUUGCUGGUUAUGUAUAUAAAGUAGAAAGUGAAUGGGUCUGGUUGGCGAUAUCUCGAAAUGUUAGUGCCCAGCUACAUGUUCUUGAUAGUGCUUUUGAACCCAGAGAGCUUCAAGAUUUCCAGAAUCGAUUUCAUGUUGGACAACUUGUUUCUGGUUAUGUUGUGAGUAUUAACUUGGACAAGAAACUAAUGCGGUUAAUUCAACGUCCCUUAUCUACUCUCCCGUGCAGAACUAGUGAUGAGCCACAAAACAAUGUUGUGCAUGCGGAAUUAACAAUGUAUAUUCAUGAAGGAGAUAUUUUAGGCGGUAGGAUUUCUAAAAUACUUUCAGGUGUUGGUGGGUUGCUUGUCCAAAUUGGUCCAUAUAUCUAUGGGAAGGUCCACUUUACUGAGCUCACAGAUACAUGGGUGCCUGACCCAUUAUCUGGAUAUCAUGAAGGGCAGUUUGUCAAAUGUGUAGUUCUUGAAGUCAGUCAAACUGUCAGGGGUACUGUUCAUGUCGACUUAUCAUUAUGUUCUUCAAGAGGGAUGCUUUCUCAAGAUUCUGAAGAUGUUCAAAGCACCGGGCAUGAUAAUGGUAAAUGUGUGGAGAUGAUUGAAGAUAUUCAUCCUGAUAUGUUUGUAAAGGGUUAUGUUAAGAAUGUCACACCAAAAGGUUGCUUCAUUUCACUUUCACGAAAGAUUGAUGCGAAAAUUCUUCUAUGUAAUUUGUCCAAUGAGUUUGUCAAAGAUCCCGAGAAAGAAUUUCCUGUUGGAAAGCUUGUAGUUGGCAGGGUUAUAUCCGUGGAGCCCCUUUUAAAUCGUGUUGAAGUUACAUUGAGGACAUCAAGUGGUCCCAGGAAAUCCAAUUUUGAAAUUCUGGAUUUGAGUAAAUUUCAAGUUGGAGAUGUAAUAUCUGGAAGGAUUAAGCGUAUUGAGCCAUAUGGUUUAUUCAUUACAGUUGAUGACACAAACAUGGUUGGAUUGUGCCAUAUAUCAGAAGUUUCUGAUGAUACUAUUGAGAACAUUGAAACAGAGUAUAGAGUUGGACAGCAUGUAAAUGCAAGAGUAUUGAAGGUGGAUGAAGUAAAACAGAGAAUUUCUCUGGGAAUGAAGAAUUCAUAUAUGAGAGAUGAAGAUGCACAUGGAAUACCUUCAGAUCAACAAUCAGAUGAACCUCUUGCUGAUAGAAUGACAUCUAUGGAUUUAAUGACUAGCAGUGUUCCUGGAACCUCUGAUAUGGAAAUUUUAGAUGAAAUUGAUCAACUCCCAAUUCUUCCACAAGCAGAAGAAAGGGCGUCCAUUCCACCGUUAGAUGUUUCCCUUGAUGACUUAGACAAAAUUGAUAUAAAUAACACCAAUCGCCAAAGUGAAGAGCAUUCGAAUGAUGAAGGCACAAUAGAUGAAAAGAAAAAGAGGCGCGAAAAGAAAAAAGCAAAGGAAGAAAGGGAGAAACAGAUAAGGGCUGCAGAGGAAAGACUACUGGAGGAGGAUGUACCAAGAACAGCUGAUGAGUUUGAAAAGCUGGUUAGAAGCUCUCCUAAUAGCAGUUUCAUCUGGAUAAAAUAUAUGGACUUCGUGAUUUCUUUGGCUGAUGUUGAGAAAGCCCGCUCUAUUGCUGAAAGGGCUUUGCGGACAAUAAAUAUUAGAGAAGAGGAUGAGAAGCUCAACAUCUGGAAGGCUUUCUUUAAUUUAGAAAAUAAAUUUGGAAAUCCUAAAGAGGAGGCUCUUAUGAAAGUUUUUCAACGAGCUCUGCAGUACAAUGAUCCCAAAAAAGUAUAUCUAGCACUUUUGGGACUGUAUGAGAGGACUGAACAACAAAACUUGGCUGAUGAACUUCUCAAUAAAAUGACAAAGAAGUUCAAGCAUUCUUGCAAGGUUUGGUUGAGACGUGUACAAAGUCUUUUGAAGCAAAACCAGGAUGGAGUUCAACCUGUUAUCAACCGUGCUUUGUUAAGCCUACCAAGGCGCAAGCAUAUUAAAUUUAUUUCCCAGGCAGCCAUUCAAGAAUUCAAGAUUGGGGUUCCAGACAGAGGACGAUCAUUGUUCGAAGGAAUUUUACGGGAAUACCCAAAGAGAACAGACUUGUGGAGUGUCUAUCUAGAUCAAGAGAUUCAACACAAAGAUGCAGAUGUAAUUCGUGCACUUUUUGAAAGGGCAAUUACUCUGAGCCUACCACCAAAGAAGAUGAAGUUUUUAUUUAAAAAAUAUCUUGAUUAUGAGAAGUCCCAAGGUGAUGAAGAACGAAUUGAAUCCGUGAAACAGAAGGCAAUGGAAUAUGUCGAGAAUACUCUGGCUUGAUACAACCAUCACUGCACUGGCUUCGAAUUUCUCAGCUUGCAGCCAUUGUUGAGUCCUUGAGUUGAGGCUAACAUGUCUUCACAAAUCACAGAGAAAACAAGUUUUCAGUGUUUGUUGGAGCAAAAAACGUGUUCACCAUAAUUUGACUACGUGAGAGCAUGUUUAAUGAGUUCGGGAUAUCCAUUAGAUCCAUCAAAUGUGUACGGGAAAGAAGUGUUUUGGCCAGUCACCAAGUUUGGUGGUUAGAUUGAGUAUUAGAAAGGAAAUAGAAACCUGUAUUCUUACUAUUUUUCUGCCCAGUUUUGCUUUUUCUUUUGGGCUGUAAGUUUUAGUUAUCAUAAAUAUUUUGUCCAUUUGUUGUU